AUGAACACUUGUAGAGUACAGUUGUUGGAUGGCAGUGAAGUGGACAUUGAUAUUGAUAAAAAAGCCUCAGGGCAAGAACUGUUUGAUCUUGUCUGUAAGAAAUUAUCAUUGAAUGAAGUUGAUUAUUUCGGUUGCACAUACAAGGAGAAUAAGAAUACAAAGGUUUGGUUGAACAAUAACAAAAAGAUAUUCAAGCAGAUCAGCAAUACACCAUGGGUCUUUUCAUUUGAGGUAAAAUUCUACCCCCCUGAUCCAACCUGCCUCAAUGAAGAAAUCACAAGAUAUCAAUUGUUCUUGCAGUUGAGGACUGAUAUACUCUCUGGGAAAUUACCUUGUUCCUUCAUGACCUAUGCCCUGCUGGGCUCUUACGCCGCCCAAUCACAGCUCGGAGACUACUGCCCCUCGGACCAUGGCACUGGACAUGCGUACCUCAAGGAUAUAGGUUUUUCCCCGAAUCAGACAGACGAGCUGCUCGAUAAGAUUGCUGAACUACAUAAAACUAAUCAGGGCAUGCAGCCGGCGGAGGCGGAGUUAUGUUUCCUCGACAAUGCUUACAAACUCUCGCUGUAUGGCGUCCAUAUGUUUCAAGCGAAAGACAGUAACGAUUCGGAGGUCUUGCUAGGCAUCUGUGCUGCUGGUCUGCUCGUGUACAAGGAACGCCUGAGACUGCAUAGGUUCACCUGGCCGAAAAUUUUGAAGAUCUCCUACAAGAGGAACGUUUUCACUAUCAAGAUCCGACCCGGAGAGUUUGAGCAGAUGGAAACCACAAUGGAGUACAAGCUUGCGAACUAUCAGACGGCCAAGAGAUUGUGGAGGCUUGCUGUUGAACAUCAUUCCUUUUUCAGGUUUUCGUAA